GGAGCCUGUCAACCUCGUGUCCCCCCUUCGUUCCUUCUGCCUGCCUGGCGGCCAUUGCACGGCGGCUCCACACCCGCCUCCUUGUGCUUUCGUGUGUGCCUCCGGCCCUAUAAGUACACGGCACUGUCACGCAGGCACUUGCAGAGCCAUCACUAGUCAGUCUCAGUCAGCUGUGAGGAGUUGAAGACAGGAAGGGGCGCAGCUGCAGCAGCUGGUACGAGAGAUGGCGAUGGAGAAGGGCUGGAAGGCGAGGGACGUCGCGGGUGCCUUGGGCAUGGAGGUGGUGGACGAGGAGGAGGACGACGCGGUGGCGGCGAUACCGCCGCCGCAGACGCCGCUGGAGCCCAUGGAGUACCUGUCCAGGUCGUGGAGCGUGUCGGCUUCGGAGAUUUCGAAGAUACUCGUCGGCGGGGGCAAGAAGAGCGGCGUUGCGGCGGCGAUGAGCCGGCUGCCGGAGAUGACCAUACCGGAGGACUCCGUGCUUGCCACGUCCAUCGUUCCUCAUCUCCCGUGUCAUCAACAGCAUAGGGGUGCGAGAAGGAAUUCCAUGAGCAGCGGCCACUACCAAUCGAUCGGCAGAUGGUUCCAAGUCCACCACGGGGAGACAUGCCGGGUGAGGCAGAGAGGCAAGGAGAAGCAGCGCGCGGAGAAGGCCCACGUGCACGCCAUGGUGUCCGUGGCGCGGGUCGCCGCCGCGGUCGCCGCCGUCGCGGCGGCCACGAGCUGCGACGCCCAGGCCACCAAGAUGGCCGCGGCCAUGGCGUCGGCCACCGAGCUGCUAGCUUCGCACUGCGUCGAGGCCGCUCAGCACGCGGGGGCGCGCCACGACCAGGUCGCCGGCGCCGUGCAGGCCGCGGUUGGCGUCCGGAGCCCCGGUGAUCUGAUGACGCUCACGGCGGCCGCGGCCACUGCUCUGCGAGGAGCUUCCACACUGAAGCAGAGAGUGCAGCGAGAGGCGAGGAGCAAUGCGAGUGUUCUUCCAUACGAGAAGGGGAGCGAGAAGGGCCAUUCAUGGAGUACGGAUAUCUGGUGCAAGGAGGGGGAGUUGCUGAAACGCACAAGAAAAGGGGAUUUACACAAGACAAGAGUAUCUAUCUACAUCAACAAGAGGUCACAGGUGAUGCUGAAGCUGAAAAGCAAACACAUCGGAGGUGCACUAUCGAAGAACAACAAGAGCGUUGUUUACGGCGUAUACAGCGAGCUUCCGACAUGGGCGGAGCCAGGGAAGGACUCCAUGGAGGAGACGUGCUGCUUCGGCCUGAGCACGGCGCAGGGUCUCGUGGAGUUCGAGUGCGAGAGCAGCGCGAGCAAACGGAAGUGGGUAGACGAUGUGCAGAACCUGCUUCGUCAGGUGGCCCUGCAGGAUCAAGUAGGAAAUAAACUGGGGCUACUAAAACUCAGCUAAUGCAGUCUCGAUUUGUACGCAACCAUUCUCCUUCCUCAUGGUAGCAGACGGUGUGUUACAGGAAGUGCCUUGCAUUAGGGAUGCGAGGCGUACAGAUUGAUGGUACUCUUGUCACUGACUUUAUAUUGCUGUACUACAUACAGAAUGGUGAGAUACGGAAUAGGUUCUAUGUUUUUUUUUUUGUUUAAGAGUGAAUGUUGUUGUCAACUAAAUGUAUGCCAAUAUGCCAAUUUGUAAAAAAAAAAGUUUAUGGCCUUA